CUUGAAGCAUGAACCUUAUCUCCCUCUCUUUAUAUACACAACAACAGUUACUUAUUUUUUUAGUGAUAGAAAAAAAAUGUUGCCCAAAAACUUCCCUCCAAUAUCACAAUGCAAUCUAUCCACCAUAAACCACCGUUCUAUCGCCGCGGACCUUGACGGAACCUUACUAAAAGCCACACUCUCAUUCCCAUACUACAUCCUUCUCGCAAUCGAAGCCGGCAGCCUUUUUCGAGGCCUACUCGUUCUCUUAUCUAUUCCAAUCAUCGCCAUAAUCUCAGCUUUCAUUUCUGAAGACCUUGCAGGCAGAACGUUAAUAUUUUUAACGUUCUCCGGCAUCAAAGUUGACGACAUCGAAGAUGCCUCGCGCUCUGUUCUGCCGCGUUUUUACGCGGCAGAUGUGAGGCGAGACAGCUUUCAAAUUUUUGAUAGUUGUGAGAAGAAAGUAAUUGUGACUGCAAAUCCUGUUGUGAUGGUGGAGACUUUUGUGAAAGAGUGUUUGGGUGGAGAUAAGGUUUUGGGGACUGAACUUGAAAUCGAUUUUCGGACUAAUAGAGCUACUGGUUUUGUUGCAGGACCUGGUUUUAUGAUCGGUCAAGUUAAGAAGUUUGCGGUUGUUGAGGAAUUUGGUGAUGAUUUACCGGAUAUUGGAAUUGGUGAUCGGAAAACUGAUCAUGAUUUUAUGUCCAUUUGCAAGGAGGGUUACAUGGUACCAAGAGACCAAAAUGCAAGAGUAGUAUCUCCGGACGGUCUAAAAACACAACUGAUUUUCCACGAUGGCUACUUAGCGCAACACCCGAGCUCUAGAAACACCUGCACUAAACUGCUAUUCAAAUUCAUCAUAGCUCCUGCCCGCGGUUACUUCAAUUUUUCAUUACUUAAGGGAAUUGUCAAAUGCAGCAAUAGUCGAAUGUGGUCGUGGUUGUAGCAAGCAGAGGAGGAAGACUUGAUUGUAGAAAUCUUUAUUAUACAGUGAAAAUAGAAAGUGCAUAUCUGAUUACAUUCAAAAUGUUCGAUAUACGAGUGGUAUACUACACGUGGGUAUAAAAGUUUUUGGGUUCACCAUUUGCAAAAAAAUACCUAUUGCCACCUCUGAUAGUAUCUUUUAGCUCACUUUAUUGAAUAUAUGUAGUAUCUCUUUGAUUGAAUGAUCAUAGACUCGCUUAAGUCCUAUUUUAACAUCAAAAAAGUUUGAGGGCUA